GCAGUGACAGGGCCUGACAAAAAUAAAAAAAUAAAAGAGGUGUGGCAAAGCUGGAAAAAGAGUGUGGACCACUAAAACGGACACGAUGCUGUAGAGUAAAGGAGCUGCUCCCAAGCUGUAGAGAUCUUACUGAGGCGGGAAAUCCUGGAAGUUGAAAAUGGCUCUCCUUCUCAUGUUCGUCACUUUGCUGCAUCUCAUCACCCUGGCGAUGCUGUUCAUUGCAACCAUGGAAAAGACCUGGUGGGUUUGGGAUGACAUGAAGAUUUCAGACCUUUGGUACAACUGCAGGUUGGACAACUCGACAGAAAGCUGGCUUUGCUCGUCCACCGAUGAAACACAAUGGCUUCAGGCCGUACAGGUUCUCAUGGUCCUGUCAGUGGUCUUCUCCUCUGUCUCCUUCCUGGUGUUCCUGGGUCAGCUCUUCACCAUGUCCAAGGGUGGACUCUUCUACUUCACUGGACUGUGUCAAGUCUUUGCAGGUCUAACAGACGCUUCCGCAGCACUCAUCUACACGCUCCACAACGAGGAAAUCCUGCAGGGAUCACACGAUCUGAGGACAGGACACUUUGGCUACUGCUUCAUCCUGGCCUGGGUGUGUGUCCCUUUGUUGUUGUGUAGCGGGAUCGUUUACAUCCACUUACGUAAGAAAGAGUGACCAGACAGAGGAUGGACGUCAACAGCUGGACUGGAUGCUGAUGUUUCAGGGAUGCAUGUUGUGAAGGAGGACCAAAGCUUACAGUUGAUAAAACACACCGGCUUCUGAUGAUGUAUUUGUUUUUGUAUAAAAUAUAUAUAACCGUAACAUCUAUGGUAUUAUGGAUUACUGUGACAUAAUCUCACCAGGUUCUGUAGUUGUUUGCUGUUGUCACAUGUAAUCAGAUGAAGACUUUGAAUUCUUUACUACCUGGCCAGCAUGCAUAGGUGGGCCUCUGUGGGGCCACCAUGGAAACCGCAAACAAACCCCAUUGGCACCCAUACAGUUUGCCAAUACAGAUCCAUAUGGGGCCCAUCUAUGCAUGCUGGCUGGAUAUUCGGCCCUUGAGCUGUUUAGAAAUAUGUAUUUUUGUACUUUAAUUUGAUGUGUAGAAUAUAAUAAGCAACUGCUUCUAAUAAAAGUUAUAAAAGCUAAAUGUUUUACACCUUGAACGUGGUCGUAUUUCCUGGGUUUGUUGGUAUUAAUUAAAAUAUUGUUAUAUUUAAUGACCCAGCA